UGAAAGAUAUUGGUAGAUUCCAAACACUGUUUUGAUCCACUAUCACCUACACUGCUCCAGUAAAGGUGAUUUCCAAUCAAGAACAUGUUUCUCAGUCCAUUCCGACCGGUUUCUUCUAGAACGGGGAGUAUCAAUUCACUCAAAGUGAUCUGUUUUCAGGUUCGAUCGAACACAUCUGUCACGUCCCUACCUAAGACUCCAGCGAGCAAAAAUGGGGCUUCACAGGUCGAGACCACAAAGCCCGGAGCAACAAUGCCAUCUACCUUUUCAAGUAUGCCAACGGGUAUGCUGGUCAGAUCGCUCUUCAUCUCCGGGAUAUCAUCGAACCGCUAUCUGUUAAUACCGGCGUUACGCCUUCUAUCAUUCCUCUCCAAACCUGAUAGAAGCUAUCUUUUCAAUGUAGAUAGGAACAUCUUCCUCCACAGCAUUUUGAAGAAAACCGUGUAUGACCAGUUUUGCGCGGGGGAGACAUUGGAAGAGACAAACGCAUGUGUGCAGAAGUUCAAGAAGUUGGGGUUCAAGGGGUUCAUUCUUACUUAUGCCAAAGAGGUGGUCCUGGAUCAAAAGACGAAGGAUGCCUCGGGGCUGGAAGAAGGGGUAGAUAUAGCUAUCGAAACGAAAGUUUCGGAUAAGAAAGACAAGUACAUCGAAAAUUGGAGAACGGGGACACUCCAGACAAUGGACCAGGUCGGUCAGGGAGACAUUUUAGCUAUCAAAAUAUCAGGCGCAGGGCCAUCAGUCACAAAGGACCUCGCCAACGGGAAACUACCAUCGGCAGAGAUGUUCGCCGCAUUAGAUGAACUAGCAUCGCAAGCCAAAACCCGGGGCAUCCGCAUCAUCGUCGACGCCGAAUCGCAGCACUUCCAAGCCGCCAUCGCCGCAACCGCCCUGGAGCUGAUGCGCAAAUACAACCGCGGCAACGAAGCACUCAUCUAUAACACCUACCAAGCGUACCUGAAAAGCACCCCAUCCGUCGUCCAAUACCAUCUCUCCGAAGCCGAAAAAGGAGGCUUCACGUUAGGCCUCAAAGUCGUGCGGGGCGCCUACAUUCUCUCGGAACAACGCUCAUUGAUACACGAUACAAAGCAUGAUACAGACGACGCCUACAACUCCAUCGUUCAGGGCGCUCUACGUCGUCAAUACAGCGGAUUCGGCACUGCGGCUCGACCUUUCCCCUCGCUCAACCUCCUCGUCGCCUCGCAUAAUCGCGACAGCGUGCUUGCUGCCCAUCGUCUGCACCAGGAUCGCGUCAAGGCUGGUCUUGCGACCGUUCCUGUUAUCUAUGCACAGCUGCAUGGUAUGUCGGAUGAGGUGAGCUUUUCGCUCCUGCGGGAGAACGGAGAAGAUGGGUCGCCGCCUGCUGUGUACAAGUGUUCGACGUGGGGAACUAUGGGGGAAUGCGUUGGGUACUUGCUCAGGAGGGCGGUGGAGAAUAGAGAUGCGGUUUUGAGGACGAAGGACGAGUUUUUGGCUUUGAGGAAAGAGAUGGCGAGGAGGAUUCGAGCCAGAAUUCAUUUCUAA